GAAGUGGAAACAUGGCGGAGAGGGAAGCAGGUGAUAGCGAACCGACCACGAAAUCACCUGAAGAUGAGAGCUCGGAGUCUAAUCCGUUUCAGCAUGCCCAGGACCUCAAACGCGUCCUGGUCACCAGCGUUUUAAACCUGGAAGAGCUCGACGUAGACCUGUACAGAGGGACGCACCACUGGGUGCCCCGCAGUCAGCGUUUGUUUGGGGGUCAAAUAGUGGGUCAGGCCCUCGUAGCCGCCGCCAAAUCUGUCGGCGAUAAUCUCUAUGCCCAUUCUAUCCACUGCUACUUCGUACGGGCAGGGGAUCCUAAGGUUCCGGUGCUGUACCAGGUGGACCGCACGAGAGACGGUCGCAGUCUUGCAGUGCGCUCUGUGAAGGCCGUCCAGCACGGGCAGCCUAUACUUACAUGCCAGGCCUCCUUCCACACACUGGAGCCGAGUCCCAUACAGCACCAGUUCACCAUGCCGGUGGUCCCGCAGCCCGAAGACCUCCUCACGGUCGAGGAGCUCAUUCACCUUUAUCUCAGUGAACCAGACCUAGAGGAGACAUCGAAGCAAGGCCUGAACAAACUGCUGGCUAAUGAGGUCCCCAUAGAGAUGAAGCCAGUCAACCCAUCGCACUCUUACAGACGCGCUGCAAGUGAGCCGAAGAAGCUGUUCUGGGUGCGCGCACAAGGGCAUAUCGGCGAAGGCAACAUGAAGCUGCAUUGCUGCGUUGCUGCCUAUGUGUCCGACUUUGCGUUCCUGGGCACGGCGAUGCUGCCCUAUCCCAACUACAAGGCCCAAUUCUCGGCCUCCCUGGACCACGCCAUAUGGUUCCACAGCACUUUCCGCACCGACGAGUGGAUGUUGUACGAGUGCGAGAGCCCUUGGGCAGGGGGCAGCAGAGUACUGGUUCACGGCCGACUGUGGAGGAGAGACGGGGUGCUGGCUGCCUCGUGUUCACAGGAGGGUCUCAUGAGAGUGACACCAGUCACACAGCCCAGCAAACUUUAAGCACUUUCAUGCUUCACAUUCUUAUAUUUUUGUAAUUCUAAUCGUAUAAAUAUUAUUUUAAACUAA